AUGAAGUGGCACAUCUUGAUUCUGCUCCUUUGCCUCAGCACAUUCCCCUCGGUUUCUGCAGACUGCCCAGCUCAAUGCUCCAUGUGUGCUGUGCAAACUCAAGAUCUGGACAAGCCCAUCAACCCACUGACGUGUUUCCUGGAGUGUCAGACCAUCCUGACGACUACCACGGAAUGGGACAAGUGUAAGAGCUUUCUGUCACUAUUCACUCCUUUCAUGCUGGGCCUCCAUGGGAAAGGAGAAGUAGGAGACGUGUCGAUGGCCUCCCAAGAGCUGUAUGAGGAACAGGCUAAGCCCUACCCCGGGUUCACCAAGAAUAUGGAGAAGUUCGCCAGUGCCCUGAUGCAGGAGAACGCCCUCGGCAGAGACCCGAGCCACAAGUACGGAGAACUCGUCCCCAAGCUCGGUGAACGGGCCGUAUCGGAGAUGACAGAAGAUGAGCAGCAGUACCACAGAGCCCUGGAGGCGGGGGAGCUGGGCUACCCGGGCGAGGACGCGGCUGCCGCAUCCCUAGGAACCCGCAAGGAGGAGAUGAAACGCUACGGAGGCUUCCUGCGCAAGUAUCCCAAGAGGAGCUUCGAGGUGGCGGGGGCCGGAGAUGGCCAGGAGCAGGAAGACUUGCACAAGCGCUACGGAGGCUUCAUGCGAAGGAUUCGCCCCAAGCUCAAGUGGGACAAUCAGAAGAGGUACGGAGGCUUCCUUCGCCGGCAGUUCAAAGUGGUCACGCGAUCUGAGGAAGACCCCAAUGCCUACUCAGGAGAAGUCGCCGGCCUUUAG